UUUUGAUUGCGUAUCACACGUGUUUUGGUCAUUCGUAAUAUAUUUUCAGAAAAAACCAACCAUGUCGGACAAAUAUGCUGUGCCCAACAAAUUGCCUGGAAAAACAGUGUCAGUCCUCAAGCACCGAAAACGGCGCAUACAACAGGACCAGUCGGUUGUCCAACAAAAACGGCAAAACCGUCUCAAUCGCGUUAAGAAGCUGAAGGCUCACCACAGUUUCAAGCGCGCGGAAUCCUUUGUUAUGGACUAUUUGAAGGCUGAGCGCACAUCCAAACGCAUUAAACAAACUUUAUUACGCACCAACGUCACAAAGCAGAGUGCCGACGCGGCCGAGAAAACGAACCAAAAACUGUUGCUUGUUAUGCGGCACGCAGGCAAAAAGAUCCACGACGAAACCACAUUGAAGAUAUUUAAAACAUUGCGCAUGUCACAACGCCACAAUGCAGUCUUUUUAGAAAACACUAAAGAGAACCAAUUGUUGCUGCGCGUCAUCGAACCAUUUGUUGUUUACGGAUUCCCAACCAUAAGUACUAUACGUGAUUUGCUAUUUAAGAAGGGCUUUGCACUCGUCAAUGGCAAGAAAGAGGCGAUACAAUCGAACACCAUGGUAGAGGAGCAGUUGGGCGAGAAGGGAGUGAUCUGUUUGGAGGAUAUAAUUCAUGAAAUAUUUACGGUGGGACCGAACUUUGAAGCCGUUACUAAGUUCCUCUGCACCUUUAAGCUAUCCAGUCCUCGAGAUGGCUGGAAAAAGAAAGUGUCCGUAUCCUUUAAGCGAGGCGGCGAGUAUGGCAAUCGUGAGAAUGGCAUUAACGACUUAAUUGCGCGCUGCAUUUAAGUUUGUGCUUAAAGUAGGCAUUUAAGUGACGGAAAAUGAAGCAAAGUUAGUUUUAUAUAAAUAUUUGUACACAUAUUACGUAUUAAAAAAAACCGUAUCUGCGUAAAAACCAAA